AUGGCUACUCAGACGACUGGUAAUACUUCACGGUCUUCGCCAGCAUCGCGCAUUGUGUCGCGAAAAGAGGUCUACGCUGCCAGAAACCGGACGCUGCUCAUGUAUACUUCUGCAGUUAUUGUAUUGGCGGUUGGAGUGACAUACGCUGCAGUUCCUUUGUACCGUAUGUUUUGUGCUGCCACUGGUUUCGCGGGUACGCCGAAAGUAGGGACGGGGCGCUUCGAGGCAGAUCGCCUGGUACCAAUUGAAGAUGCAAAACGUAUCAAGGUCCAUUUCAAUGCGGACAGAGCUGAGGCACUGCCGUGGAAUUUCGUGCCGCAACAAAAGUUUGUUACCGUGCUGCCUGGAGAGACAAGUCUUGCAUUCUACAAAGCCAAGAACAACUCAAAGAAAGACAUUAUUGGAAUUGCGACCUAUAACGUUACUCCUGAUCGAGUCGCUCCUUAUUUCUCCAAAGUGGAAUGUUUUUGCUUCGAGGAACAGAAACUAUUGGCAGGAGAGGAGGUUGACAUGCCGUUGUUGUUCUUCAUUGACAAGGACAUCAUGGAUGACCCUUCGUGUAGAGGAAUAGACGACGUCGUGCUUUCCUACACUUUCUUUAGAGCCCGACGGAACUCACAAGGCCAUCUAGAACCGGAUGCAGAUGAGGACGUUGUGCAGAAAUCCCUAGGGUUUGGCGAUUAUGAGCUGGGGCCCAGGGCAGAAAUUCGCAAUGCAUCGUCGUCUGCUGCAACUGAGACAAGCUCUUGA